AACAAACUCACACUUCUUUCUUUGACUUUCAUUAUCAGCUUCUUCUCCUCUCUACAAUUUUUCUCUCUUCGGUUUGGUAUUGAAAUCUCAAUCACUUUGAAACAAAUUAGUGGAGAAUAUUUUGAAGUCCAUAACAACAUGGAUCAAAACCAGCAUGGUCAACCAACACAAGAAGCAGUUGGCAAGAACCAAUAUCAAUCUAAUCCUAUGAUGGCACCUACCAAUCCUCCUAGUGAGACUAUUGGUCCUUAUGUCACAUCAUCCUUCCCUAGAGAGAAACAACAUGCUCCCCAAGACAUUUACCAGGAACAACUCAACAACUUUUGGGCAAAACAGUGCCAGGAAAUUGAGGAGACCACUGAUUUAAGGACUCACAGCUUGCCUUAUGCUAGGAUUAAGAAGAUCAUGAAGGCUGAUAGGGAUGUGAGGAUGGUGUCAGCUGAGGCUCCCGUGUUGUUUGCCAAGGCCUGUGAAAUGUUUAUUAUGGAGCUCACAAUGAAGGCUUGGGCCAAUGCUGAGGAUCACAGAAGGAGGAUACUUCAGAAGAGUGACAUUGCAUCUGCAAUCUCAAAGACUGAUGUGUUUGAUUUUCUUGAGGAUAUUGUCCCCAGGGAUGUAGGCAUACCAAGAUCAAGCAUUGCUCAAAAUUUUGAUCUAAGUAUGCCACCACAUCAGAAUGUCACAUACCCACCAUAUUAUGUUCCAGCAAUGGUCACGGGAAGACCCAUUCCUGAUCAAAAUCAUCAUGGGCCGUAAACCCAUCCUUUCCCAACCCCUGAAAAACAAAACAUCCAUUCUCCCAAUUCAGAUGAUUGAGCAAAUAAAAGUAGUUGGUGAAUGCAAUGGUAAUUAAGGAGACAAUGUAUGGUCAAUAUGCUCGGCUUUAAAUGAGGCCUUUUUUUGGUUCUAAUGAUGGUAUGUUAAAUUGAAUUUAGUUGUUAUGAUGUGGAUAUUCCAAGGUUGCUUUCAUUUUAUUUUAUGUUUUGGUGUUGUGAAUAUGAAUAUAUAAAUCUAGAGAAAUGUACACCAAAGGCGCGGUGCAUUGCAAGGAACUAAAGCAAUAUAAUGAGCUAGCAUUAGUCUUUCCAUUGCCUA